AUUCAAGCAUCACAUUUUCAAGAAAAUGGCUUCCCUCGUGUUAACAGUUUCACUUCUCUUGGCAACUUUGGCUUCUUCUCUUGUAGAGACUGCUCAUAGUAAUAAUGUAACCAUCCCCAGGGCAUCACUAAAUGUAAUUGAUGCUUGCUGGCGAAGAAACCCUAAUUGGGCCACUAACCGUCAAGCCCUAGCACAUUGCGCGGUAGGGUACGGGAAAGCCGCAGUAGGGGGAAAACACGGGCCGAUCUACGUGGUUACAAACCCAUCAGACAACCCUACAAGACCUAGCCCCGGAACCUUAAGAUUUGCGGUGACCCAACCAAAACCACUAUGGAUCACAUUCGCACGUGACAUGGUGAUAGUGUUGAAAAGCGAGCUCAUGGUGAACAGCUACAAGACGAUCGAUGGGAGAGGGGCAAAAGUUGAAAUAGCCAACGGGCCAUGCUUAAGGAUUAAACAAGUGAGCCAUGUCAUUAUACAUGGUAUUAGUAUCCAUGAUUGUAAACCAGGUUCCAAAGGUUGGGAUGGUGACGGAAUCCGAGUUUUUCAAUCUACACAUGUUUGGAUCGAUCAUUGUUUCUUUUCUCGGUGUCAAGAUGGUUUGAUCGAUGUGAUUCUUUCUUCUACGGCUGUCACUAUUUCUAAUAACUACUUCACGCAGCAUGAUAAAGUGAUAUUACUCGGACAUGAUGACAAUUAUAUGGGAGAUAAAAACAUGAGAGUUACAAUUGCAUUCAAUACUUUUGGACCGGGUCUGAUUGAGAGAAUGCCUAGGGUGAGGAGAGGGUAUGCGCAUGUAGCAAACAAUAGGUACGAGAAAUGGCAAAUGUAUGCGAUUGGAGGAAGUGCUAAUCCAAUUAUCUUUAGUGAAGGCAACUACUUCGUUGCUCCCGACAAAGCUAGCAACAAACAGGUGACAAAGAGAAUGGGUGCUGGACCUGAUUCUAAAAGAUGGAAAUGGGGUACGUCUAAAGACGUUUUCAUGAACGGAGCUUUCUUCGUGCCUUCUGGCGGAAUAGUCAGGCCGUUGUACAAAUUAGGAGAGGGGUUUCAGGUGGCCCAUGGCUCUCUCGUCCCUUCUCUUACUUCCUCUGCUGGUCCUCUCCGUUGCUACGCCGGCAGGAUUUGCUAAUCAAUUUACUCACCUUUAUAUUUUGGGC